AUGUCAUUAACGCCUCUGUUGGCUGUUUCUUACACCUCAAAUUAUGGGGAAACUGAUGCUGGUCAAAGUCAUAAAUCAAUGGAGAGAAAGUUAAAACACUAUUAUUUAUCGUUGAUGAGAUCUCAAAGCAAAGGAUUAGAUGGGAUCAACAUUGGUAAUGAUAGUUCUGAAGAGGAAACAGAAACAUUCAAAGAUUCCAUUUCAAACCCAUACAUGUUUAUACAUGAUCAGGAAUACGACAAUUUAGAAUACAAUAAAAUUUCAACCCCCAAGGAUUAUUCAAGAAAUUAUAUGAAAUCCCACAAAAUUUGGACUCCUCAUGCUAACACCAAUGGUAUUUUGAAUAUUUUGAAUCAUCAAAAAGGUUUCUCUAGUGAGGCUUUACCACCUCCGAAAGUGGACCCUGAUAGAUGUUCUUCAUAUUCUGUUGUUGACGAUGCAAAGUUUUUGAAUUAUCUUCAUUUACCCAAGACAAUGGGUAAAGAUCAAUUACCUACUUUGAUAUAUCAUACUUCAUGUGAAGUGAAUGGGAAUAUUUACUUAUUAGGUGGUGCUUCAACUUUUUUCAAUCAAAACGGUGUCAUCAAAGACUUAUCAAAUUAUAUUGUGGAUGGAAUUAAAUUACCAAAACCAAUUAAUUCCAGACUGUUGAAUAAUCCAACAGUUAUACCAAAUGAUCACCUAUUUGUUAUAUCAUCAGAAACCAAUCUUGUUUCGAAACCUGAAGUCUCUGGUGAUGUUCCACCUCCCUUAUUAUCGAUGUCUGCCAGUAAAAUCACAAAUAGACAUAUUUUCUACUAUGGUGGGUUUGAAGUAAUCAAUCAAGUUCAGUAUGAUAACAGCAAAAACAAGAUACACAUCAAGAAAUCAGUUAAAUUAAACAACAGUGGCUAUGUAUUGGAUGUGAUGAGUUUAAAAUUUAGAAAAUUUGAGUUAAUUGCACAUCCAAACAUGAUUACAAGAUAUCCACUAACUGUUCCAAGAUUUGGUCAUUCUUCUUGUGCAGUGAACUUAGCAAAACAUAUGAAAUCAGAUGAAAAUUCCAGUGCAAGCGGUAUUGCUGCUACAGUUUUCAUAAUGGGUGGGUUUAGGCAAGACCCAGAAGAUCCAACAGACUUCAAAGCUAUCAAGGAUUUAUGGAAAGUUGAACUAUCUAUUACAUACAAGGGUAAACAUGACUAUGUUCAAUUCGGUGAAAGUGUUUUAGCUACUCCAAUUCCUGGUCCUAUUGAUGAUGCCUCUAUUCCAUGCGCAAGAGCGUUCCACUCAGCUGAAAUACUCGAUGCAAGUAUUGUUCAUGGGCAUCAUACUUUCAAUAACAAAUCCAAGGUUCAUAACCCCAAUAAGGUUGGAAUAGCAAGACCUUCUUCUCCAACAGUGUCCUUGAUUUCACAAAAUUCAUCAUCAAGUAAUAAUAAGCCAUUCAAUGAGGAACUUCUUGAUUUAAUGUUGAUAGUGCAUGGAGGUACUGAUGGUGCUGAAUUGUUUGGUGAUGUUUGGUGGUUUAAUUUUGAUGAAGAAAAUUGGUAUUCGAUUUCAACUUAUUUUCAUGAUUUUGAUCAGAAUUUAAUACCCAAGGAAACAGUUUCAGAAGUUCAAAUGAAAAGAGCCGGCCACCGUUGUAUUUUGAUUGAUAAGUAUUUUUAUGUAAUUGGUGGAGGAAUGCCCUCUGAUUUUGAUGAUUUUGACCAAGAGAAGAUUGACCAAGACCAAUUUCCAGAUAUAUCACCUCUUGUUGCAAACAUAAAAUGUCGCUUGAAGGGAUCAAGCUCAAAACAAGAUCAAUAUCAAAGACUAUUCAUUUUAAAUCUUCAAACUCAAACUUGGCUAAUGACAAAAUAUUUUCAUGGUAUUUUACCUUUAUUCGGUACAAGUCAAAGCCUUUCAUAUUUUGGGAAUAUUGGUGCCACAGUUACUCAAAGUAAUUCAAAGGUUUUCGUUGUUGGAGGUCAGUUGAUUCCUCAUCAUAAAUAUGAUAACCAUUUGAAUGAGUCAAGAAGGGUGAAUAUUUUAAACAGUGGUCUUUCAAUAUUUGAGUUCCCCUUAGGAAGUGGAUUGAAAAGUUUUGGCAAGUCUUAA